GUGCCACCCAGUGGAUUCACUGUCUGUAUCUGUUGUUGGUGAAUUUAGCAGAUAAUCUCAGCACGUCACUGAAGCGGCUUAGAGGGAACUUGUUGGUAUUUUGUCGUCGUGUACCUGGGCCACCACCUACAAUAUUAGCCAUAUAAGUUUGAUAAUAUUGUCAUGAAAUGAAGCUUUAAGUUGCAUGUCAUGCAUGAAAGGUUCAAAUGAUCCUCACCAUGUCUGUGCAUCAGGUUGAAAUCACUGCUCCAGCACAGCAUGAAAACUGCAACGCAUGGUGACUCAAAAACGAACUUUAACUCAAACUAAUGCUUGUUUGCUUUGUUUGGAGCUCGAGCGCUAGAACAGAAGUCAAUCUGCCAAAUGUAUGACGCUCAUUACUCGGAAAGGUCUGUGAGGAAUUAGAGGAUUAAAGGGGUUUAUUGUUUUAUAAUUAUAGAUUGUUUUGCUUUUCCUUCUCUUGUCAGCUGAGGAACAAACCUGCCACGUCGUUCAGUGAUGAACACCCUCAUCUUUAGAGUCAAUAUGACAUCUUGAUAAUUACGGUUGCGUAAUGUGUUUUCUCUGGGAUGAUGUACUGUGACUUGUGCUGUCAAAACAGUGAAGGUCUGAGGAAGUGGCGGCUGCUGGUGCCAUCUAGUGGACAUGUGAGAGUAUUGUUGAGCAUUUGAGGUAGAUUAGUUAUGGUAUUGGUUUGUGCAGCAGAUGUUUCUUGUGGAGAGUGGUUAUUUUAACUAUUAAAAUCAUACUUAACGCUUCAUUUUUAACCUCAUGAUCAUCUCAUUAUAUCUGGGUUUGUUACUAUAUCCAAUCUCUGUGUUUUCUUGUGGGCAUUUUAAAUUUCAAAUUCCAAAUCGUGUCAUUUUUUUUAUUUAUUUGAAAAGUAUGCUGGCUAUUACUUCCCCUCAUUUUACUUUUCUGAUCUCAAGCCCAUUUUUUCAUUUCUAAAAUACAGAUCUGAUAUAUUUGAAUAUUUUUUUAUUUUUUAUUUAACAGCUAAAUUAAUAUGAAGAAUCAAAGUAACAAAAAAUGGGUAGACUCAAAUUCAUAACAACUAAAUGAGGCAUUGCUAAAAUAUAAAAUUGAUUUACCUCAUGGCUCAUCUCUCCUGCUGUGCAUCUUAAACUAAGAUGAAGUUUACCCACACAUUAGUUAUAUAAGAAAGACAUUCACAUACUGUACAGACAGAAAGUUGUUUUCAGUUUUAGCGCUUAUAAUUUUUUGUUGGUAUUUGCCUUAUUUUCCCUGUCAAACAUCGUGUGCAGUACUUCUGUUUUUACUUCUACCACACAGCUGCUCUGUUGUCCCUGUUCGUGUAAGUGUUUUGUUAUCUGCUCAGUCACGAUGCUUGACUCUCACUGCUCAUGUGAACUGUGGAGUUCAUCUAUUUUCUGUAUUUCACAGAAACCACAACACACCCCCAGUCACAGAUUCUGAGAGAGAGAGAGCAGCACAUACACAAGCUUCCAUUCACAGACUGAAUAUGGAGUCAAGUCAUUUUAAGUUUCAGGGUCCAUAUAGCGAAGACCGUAAUCUCAGUCAGUGCGAUCAGCGAUUGUCGUCGGUGGAUUAGCGACUGAUUUGAUUACACUGAGGCUAAACAGGUGAUGAGGUCAUAACCAGCUCAGCAACCUCUGCUCACAAAGGUUGGACUCCUUCUUUUGAUCAACACUCCAUAUUUCACAGGGCGUUCCACCAAACUGUCAAACUGCCGAUCUGGCAGCCAACUUAUGUACAGUAUGUACUGAUGUUCUCCUAAAGUAACCGUUGACGAGAGUCAAAAGAGUCCCCAUUGACGAGGAAAACGAUCGACCAUAUUAACAGUUUUCAGACAUUUUAUUGAAAAUUCCAAGUUGACGGGGCUUUAUUUCAAAAGGAAACCCUUUUGAAACCCCCUGUUGUUCGUACAGCAGUGAUUCUGACUGUAUGCAUUAUUUUGUCAGACGACAGAAGUGACAAACAUUUCCGGUUGUUAUUCACAUUUCAGAUUGAGUGGGAUUUCGCAGACUUAGAUCUCAGUCAGCUGCUUCCAUCUCUCACGCUGCACAUUUGGUUUUAAUGUCAAGUACAAUAGCAGUUGUUACAUCAGCUGUGAUUAAUUUAAGGAUUAUUGCAGAAUCACUAAAUCCACAUAGAAACCCAGCAGUUGCCAAAGCUUCUCAUUUUUCCAUACACAGCUGUGUCGGCCUUUCACAUAGCUUUGUUUUCCGCUGUAAACGCGAGAUAAAGGGACGCGCUGUUCUUGUCCCAAGAUAAGAGACUGGAAUUUGGUUUGUCGAGAGCAGUCGCAGGGUUAUAGGGAUGAGAUGUAGGUUACAUUGUGGAGCCAGCUGAUGGACGGACUCGCUGUCUGGCCACUUCCUUUCCCUGGAUGAAUCCUAAAGGAGCUUACACUCUAAUAUCCUGAUGGGAAAGGGGUUUGCUUUAAGCUCGCUGAACGCGCCAGAUCGCCACGAGGAUACCACAAAGGCCUGAGGUAAAUCAGAUAAAGAAAGCGCCUUCAAAAAAAGAACUGUUUUUUGUCGCCAACCUGCUGGAUGAAAAUAUCAUGAAGGCAGCGGAAUUUUUUGGGGUUAUUUUUCCCUCCUUUUUUUUUUCUUCCGGAGAACGAUCACAUCUAUUUUCUUUGAUAUGUGGCAAGGUGGAUGCAGAAGAGUAAAGAGUGGCAUGUGAGUAAACUCUGGGGACUUUGACAAGUAAAUUGCAGACAUGAUUCCCACUAAGAUGUUAGUGUACCGGGGGCCCGAUGGAGGCACACACGCUCAGACAAUUUCCAACACGAGACGCCGCAAGAAGUCGACCGGGGAGCUCUUUCAGAAGGGCUACAGGGUCAGGAUGGGCCACGGGCAGGUCGGCGACAAAGAGGACCAGGACAGCAUCUGCUACAGCUUCGGUGCAUGCUUCCACGUAAUCUCCUACUGGGGUAAGACCUGCAGGACGUGAGAACGAGGGGAAAUCUCCACUAAAACUGAACGCUGGCAUAUCCCGAACUCUUUGGACUCUGCGUGUCAGCUGGAGCAGGUUCAGGACUUGAUCUAUAUUAUGCUCCCCAUCUGGCAAACGCUCACUCCAAAUGAAAAAGAGGAGCUUUGGCGAGGCACACCGCAUCCGCAUCCUUUUCUGAAAUAUUAUUUGUUUAUAUAAAUAUUUCUUGAGCUGAACGCGUGCCCGUAACAUCUUUGAUUUGUGUCAUUUGGCAUUCACACAAAUCCAUUCAAGCAGGCAAAUUCAUCUGCCCCGUUAAUGCAUGCGGCGAUGGAUUUGACUCGACGGCUCACUCUGGGCUGAGGAGGCUUUUAAUUGUUUAUGCAGCAUCGACAGUCCAGCUUUUUUCUAAAUUAGCUGGAUCCCUGAAUCAUGUGGCCUUUAAACUCGGGGGGGAACUUCCCUUUAGCAGGUAGCUCACUGCAAAUCACCUAAACCCAGAAACAUUAACGAGAGAAUAUUUUUGCUUCAUCUGUAGAUGUGGAUUUGUGUGUUGAUUUUCUGGGCUUCUUGGACAGAAGUGGCAGCCGACUGCUUCUAAUCAGGUUGUGAUUAAACGACGGUAUGAUAUGGUCAGUCAUCGUGCAGGAGCUCAGGCUCAUGUUGUCACCUCUGAUUGUAUCGGGGUCAUGUCGUCCUUGAAGUCCUGGAAAAUGACAUUUUUUAAUCUUCCCAUAAAUACCCUCAAAUUUAGGAUUUGACGUCAUGAAUGUUUACACAUUCAAUUUUGCCCGAGAGCGUCCACCUGUCUUCACUCUAAUCCAGGUUUUCAUCUCUCCCACGUUGAGAGUUUUUAUCCAGCGGGAAUGAACCACUGCAUCAGGUAGAUGCCGGUGCUUUGCGACGCUCCUGAGACCGAAGCAGUGUGUGUUAUGAGUCGAUGAAGAGAGAACUGGGAUGUGGAGCUUGUUUUUUCCCUAAUUAUUCCAAAAUGUUUAUUUCAUGAUACAGUAAGUGCUUAGUACCUCUUGAUCAGGCGGCGUUCAUUUCUUUAAUCAAUAUGAAUCCAUUGAAGCUGAUAAACAUGGAGGAAAGUUUGAAAGGCUUGAGGUUUUUAAGGGCCUUAAGGUUGAUACAGUUCUCAGAAAUUUUACAGUUUUUGAAUAUACUAAAGACGAGCAACUCUAUAAAGCUGGUGAACCUGUGUUCGAUCUUCAUAAGCACAUGGCUAACUGCAGCAGGCUUCAUUCAUUUGGUGGAGAACUCUGGGGAUCCUUGGGAAAACUUCCAGAAUUCCCAGGCACUUUCAUACUGGGAAUGUGUCUACUUGCUCAUGGUUACUAUGUCCACUGUUGGAUAUGGAGACGUUUAUGCAAAAACCACCCUGGGCCGGCUGUUCAUGGUCUUCUUCAUCCUCGGUGGUUUGGCCAUGUUUGCGAGCUACGUCCCUGAAAUCAUAGAGUUAAUAGGAAACCGCAAGAAAUAUGGUGGUUCCUAUAGUGCGGUUAAUGGGAGAAAGCACAUCGUGGUCUGUGGUCAUAUAACACUUGAGAGCGUGUCCAACUUUCUAAAAGACUUCCUACACAAGGACAGGGAUGAUGUCAAUGUAGAAAUAGUUUUUCUUCAUAAUAUUUCCCCUAAUCUUGAGCUGGAAGCCUUGUUCAAACGGCACUUCACCCAGGUGGAGUUUUACCAAGGCUCUGUCCUAAACCCACACGACUUGGCCAGAGUGAAGAUUGAAUCUGCUGACGCCUGUUUGAUCUUAGCCAACAAAUACUGUGCUGACCCCGAUGCUGAGGACGCAUCCAACAUCAUGAGGGUUAUAUCAAUCAAGAACUACCAUCCAAAGAUCAGAAUAAUCACUCAAAUGUUGCAGUACCACAACAAGGCCCACCUUUUGAACAUCCCAAGCUGGAACUGGAAGGAGGGAGAUGACGCCAUUUGCCUUGCAGAGCUGAAACUCGGCUUCAUCGCCCAGAGCUGCCUGGCUCAGGGCCUCUCCACCAUGCUGGCCAACCUCUUCUCCAUGAGGUCCUUCAUCAAGAUCGAGGAGGACACGUGGCAGAAGUAUUACCUAGAGGGAGUCUCCAAUGAGAUGUACACCGAGUACCUGUCGAGUGCCUUCGUGGGCUUGUCUUUCCCUGUCAUUUGCGAACUCUGCUAUGUGAAGCUAAAGCUCCUGCUGAUAGCGAUAGAGUACAAGUCUGAUCAAAGGGAGAGCAGCACUUUGAUAAACCCGGGGAACCACAUGAAAAUGGAGGAGGGGACCUUGGGCUUCUUCAUCGCCAGCGAUGCCAAAGAAGUAAAGAGGGCGUUGUUCUACUGUAAAGCCUGCCACGAUGACAUAUCUGAUCCCAAAAGAAUAAAGAAAUGUGGAUGCAAGAAAUCCAAGACGGCCGCCUUCAAGAAAAUAAGACUGGCAUGUUGUUUUGAUUGCGGCCACUCAGAGCGGGACUGCUCUUGCAUGCCAGUUAAUGUGCGUUGUAACACGGACUCCUCUCAACACGCCAUCCCACUCUCUGCUGUCUCUGUUAAUGAUUGCUCGACCACAUUACGUGCCUCUAAAAAUAGCUAUAAUGGAUAUAUCAAAUCAAUCGAAGAGGACCAGCAGUCGACACUGUCUCCCAAAAAAAAGCAACGUAAUGGAGGCAUGAGGAACUCUCCGAACUCCUCGCCCAAGAUAAUGAGACACGACCCGCUCCUCGUCCCUGGGAACGAGCAGAUAGAGAGCAUGGACGAGAACAUAAAGAGAUACGACUCCACGGGGAUGUUCCACUGGUGCCCGUCCAAAGACAUCGAGAAGGUCAUCUUGACCCGCAGCGAGGCGGCCAUGACUGUUCUGAGCGGUCAUGUGGUCGUGUGCAUUUUCGGAGAUGUGAAAUCGGCGUUGAUCGGUCUCCGAAACUUUGUCAUGCCCCUGAGAGCGAGCAACUUUCACUACCAUGAGCUGAAGCACAUCGUGUUUGUCGGCUCCCUGGAGUAUCUGAAGCGAGAGUGGGAGACUCUUCACAACUUUCCAAAAGUUUCUAUUCUGCCGGGCACACCGUUGAGUCGGGCAGAUCUGAGGGCUGUCAACAUCAACCUCUGUGACAUGUGUGUCAUUCUGUCAGCCAAUCAGAACAAUAUUGACGACGCAUCACUGCAGGACAAAGAAUGCAUCUUGGCGUCACUCAACAUCAAAUCCAUGCUGUUUGACGACAGCAUCGGGGUCUUGCAGGCUAAUUCCCAAGGCUUCACACCACCAGGGAUGGAUAGAUCUUCUCCUGAAAACAGCCCCGUCCAUGGAUUAGUGAGGCAGACCUCUGUCACAACUGGAGCGAAUAUUCCCAUCAUCACAGAACUUGCACCAUUAGCAAAGCCGGGCAAAACACUGCCUGUGAUUUCAUUCAGUCAGGAUAAAAGCAGUGGGACCAGCAUACAAAUGAUAACUGAGCUUGUGAAUGACUCUAAUGUUCAGUUCCUGGACCAAGAUGACGACGACGACCCCGACACGGAGCUAUACCUCACUCAGCCUUUCGCCUGUGGGACAGCCUUUGCAGUCAGUGUGCUGGAUUCCUUAAUGAGUGCUACAUACUUCAAUGAUAAUAUCCUCACCUUGAUCCGGACGCUGGUAACAGGCGGCGCGACCCCGGAGCUGGAGGGCCUGCUGGCGGAGGAGAAUGCGUUACGGGGUGGCUACAGCACGCCACAGACCCUGGCGAACAGGGACAGGUGUCGCGUGGCACAGCUGGCCUUGUACGACGGGCCCUUCGCCGACCUGGGGGAUGGUGGUUGUUAUGGUGACCUGUUUUGUAAAGCCCUGAAAACAUACAACAUGCUGUGCUUUGGCAUCUACCGGUUACGAGACGCACAUUUAAACUCACAAAGCCAAUGCACCAAACGGUAUGUCAUAACCAAUCCGCCGUAUGCGUUUGAGCUGGUGCCCUCAGACCUGAUAUUCUGCCUGAUGCAGUUUGACCACAACGCCGGCCAGUCUCGAACCAGCCUCUCCCACUCUUCCCAUUCCUCCCAUUCCUCCAGCAAAAAGAGCUCCUCCGUCCACUCUAUCCAAACCACCAACCGCACCAACCGCAACAAGAGCAGGGACUCACGAGACAAACAAAAAAAAAAGACAUGGUUUACAGAUGAGCCAGAGAAUACCCACCUGAUGAGGACCAUACAGAUCAAGCCUGUGAACACUCUCGCCGUCAACCAAGUCAGUCAGUGUAAAUCCACAAGCAGCUCGAUUCCACCCAUCAGAGAAGCAGAGGACGAGUGCUGAGCUCGGGACCCGCGCUGACACCUGGAUGCUUGGACUCCAAAGGCUUCUCAUGUAGGUGUCAGACUGGGAUUUGAGAUCUCCUCUUACCUGCAAACAUAAAUCACCAGUUGAUGAGACGAACACUUACUUUCCUCAUUCACCUCUCUGCAGCAAAGUUGUUGUACAAGCAGUCAUACAUGAAAUGUAAAUACAGACAAGCAUCCCAACCCAUCAACUAUCACUUUAGUAGUGACCAGACUCCAUAACUUUUUUGGUCCAUUUUGGGGAAUGAGGGUCACUCAAAGGAGACGAGCAAUGUAAAAAUGGCUACAACUACUACAAAAGGUGAUUUAUUAUAAUUGUUGGAUCAAAUGUUGCUAUUGUAAAAGUUGCCUUUGUAGCUUUCGAUGAAGAACAACUACUACUACUUAAUUUUCUCUACCCAGUGUUGCAGAGUGAUUCUGUACAGUAUAUAAAAAUGAGUGUUUUACAUCCAGCUGCAAUCCCACCACGAUGGCAACGUCAGUGACUGACUCUCGGUGAUUACUUUGCCAUUUGGAGCUAAUUCACAACAUUUGUGACAGUUACGACGGCCAGCGUCCAUGUGUAAAUGGCAUUUGGCUCCAGCCUUAUCUGUAUCCAUUUAUAUUGGUCUUAUCUUUGCCUUUUUUGCGUCGUUUGUUAUAAAUGUUUUCAUGUCACUGUUUGGUUGCAAUGUCCAAAAUCCCAGAAAUCUUACAGAGUGAAGUUGCUCCAGGGGUAAAACACAGGGAAUAGUCUACUUUCUUUUAUUGUUAAUAGCCAAAUAUGAUAGAGCUGUUUUGUUGGCAACAUUUCAAUAUAACCAGAAAUCUUACACAGUUAUUCCUUUACUUUAGACACCAUAGACAGCAAAGCCAAAUAUUAUGAUACAGCAUGGCGCCAUAUUAUAAGUCUGUAGGUGAACGUGAAAGCCACAUAUCGCAUGAAGUGGGCACCUUAAAUUCCUCCUUUGGCUGAAAGCACUGCCUGACACAGGAUUGUCUUGGAGGCCAUUAAGUGCUUGUAUGAACUCCAUGAUCAAUCUUAAUACCAUAAUCAGACAUGUUCAUGCUUUAUAUAGAUCCGUAAAAAACAGCUCUAUCAUGAAAAUACGUGUUUUUGGCUAUUUAUAUGUUCUGAUAGAUUAAGAUUGUGUUGGUUAACCAUUUUGGUGAUGGAUUACAUUUCUGAUAAAUCCCUAAAACAAUCAAUUAAUACACAUCUGAUGAUUAAUCACUUGUUUCAGUUUGUAAGCACGUAAUGCUCAAAUACUGAGCCAAGAAAGGCUAUUAAUCAUGUCUUAUUUGAAUAAUAGAACAUAUCUAUAUUGGCACUUUUGUCACUUUACUUCAGAAUCGAGGAAGGGGGAGGAAAGUUCAAAAUAAAUACAUAUAUAAAACACAAGCAAUCCAAUUCAUGCUUAACCUACGGAGGACGUGUCACAGUCUAGCCGAGGAUUCACGUUGAAUGUAAAAACAGAGAGGUUUUGACAUUUUUACUGGCACAGAGAACAUGAAAGCCAUCGCUCCCUCAGUGCCAGUAAUGUGCCAGGCAGUGCUGAAGCCAUCGGAGGACUCCUGAAGACCCACCGCUGCGAAAAGAGGCUUCUAGUUUAGUCUAGUUUCAAGCAAUAUGUACUUUUGCUGUGAGACUGAGAAAUGUACUUUUUCCUUUUUGUUCCCAUCUCAGAGACCAUUCUACAAAAAGUAUUCUUAAUCUAAAGGCUGUAAUUCCCUGGAGUUAAAAAAAACAGAACUGUAGUAAAUAAUUUAGUCUUAAGUCUUAAAAUUAUUUUUGAAUCGAUCCAUCAUCAUUAGCAGAGUCUGACUGCAAUUCAAUUUUAUGCACUCUUCGAAUAAAUCUGUAAAGCUUAAUGUGAAGUAUUUUCUUUCUAGUGUGUUAUUGUGGGACAGAUUUUCUUGUUUGCCAGUUCCUGUGGGGUUGAGAGACAUUCGGUCUAGUUUGUGAUUUCUUUUUUUUUUUUAGCACAUUAACUUGUGGAUACAAUGACAGUGCUAAGUUGAUAUUUCUGACUAUGUCAUAAUCCCAAUAAUGAAUACAGUUUGUCUUGUACAAAUAGGCUUGUACAUAAAUUGUACAUGAUUUCAUUUUGUAUUUUCACAAAUUAAAAGCUGAUGUAUUGUG